GGAGAGAGGGAGGAGCAGAGAUCUGUUUCUGUUAAGAGGAAGUGAAUCUAUUCUACAGUCACUGGCACCAGCUGAAAUGGCGCAGCAAGAAAAUCAACUGGAGAGAGAAAGAUUCUGCUGUUCGAUCUGUCUGGAUCCACUGAAGGAUCCGGUGACUACUGGCUGUGGACACAGCUACUGUAUGAGCUGUAUUAACACCCACUGGGACAAAGAGGAGGAGAGAGGAAGCUACAGCUGCCCUCAGUGUAGACAGACCUUCACACCGAGGCCUGUCCUGGUGAAAAACACCAUGUUAGCUGAUUCACUGGAGGAGCUGAAGAAGACUGGACUCCAAGCUGCUCCUGCUGAUCACUGCUAUGCUGGACCUGAAGAUGUGGCCUGUGAUUUCUGCACUGGGAGAAAACUGAAAGCUCUCAAGUCCUGUUUGGUUUGUUUGGUCUCUUAUUGUGAAAAACACCUCCAGCCUCAUUUUCAGUUAGCUCCAUUUAAGAAGCACCAGCUGGUGGAGCCCUCGGAGAAGCUCCAGGAGAACAUCUGCUCUCGUCACGAUGAGGUGAUGAAGAUGUUCUGCCGGACUGAUCAGCAGUGUAUCUGUUAUCUCUGCUCUGUGGAUGAACAUAAAGACCACGACACAGUGUCAGCUGCAGCAGAAAGGACUGAGAGGCAGAGAGAGCUCGGGCUGAGGAGACAAACAAUCCAGCAGAGAGUCCAGGACAGAGAGAAAGAUGGUCUCGCCGUACAGGAAAUGGGGAUUGAACCACCGACCCUCCAGGCUAGCGCAGUGUCAUCAAACUCCUUCUAA